GGAAGAAGACAAAAGGAGAAAAAGAGAAAACAUGUUAAAUGUUGUAUCAGAACAAUUUGUGACUGUAAUUUGGUGGGCAUAUUUAUUAGGAUAGCUAUAGAAUAUUAACACUUUUGAGCAAGAUGUACCAAUCACAGAUCUCCUUAUGGAAAUAGAGAACUGAAUAUAGACUUGUUAUGAAUUAAAUCUUUACCACAUCUUCAUAUAUUUCACCAAUAAGCAAAUGUUCCUGGGAAGUUUAGAGAAGUUCCUUGAAGAAAAUUCUUCCAGAUUUUAAGAGACUGGUCAAAGACAAAUGUAGGAAAUGACCAGCCUGAGCCCAAGGGAGGGAUCAAAUGCAUCAUCAGUCACAAGUCCCUUCUUUCAAACAAGACAUCUAAAUCCAGACCACCUUGAAUUCCUUCUACUUUUAUCCCUCACUAAUUUCCCUUGGCCAUUUUUAGUUCAGAUUCUUGUAGAGAGCUGAAGCUUGAAAUAAAUCUUUAUACCCAUUUGAACUGUCUGGAUCUCCUAAUUUUCUGGUACUUGACAAAAGGCUUGCCUCUGAAAUGGAUGUUCAGUUUUACUUUUGUGGUUAAUAGCAAUUGAACAAAAAGAAUGCCAUCUUUUUUAUGAUAAUUUGUAUAAUUCCAGAAGCAACAGAGAUUUAGAUAUGAUAAUCUUACUAAAACACAUAUUAAAUAUUUUGUUUUAAUUUUUCUUAAGAUGCAGCUAAUGGGCAACAAAGAGAAUCAGAAUAUGUCAAGUGUGACAGAGUUCAUUCUUUUAGGAUUUGGGGAUCUCAUUAAACUGGAAUUUCUUCUUUUCCCAGUGUUUUUAAUGAUUUACCUGAUGACCAUGACUGGGAAUCUUCUUAUUGUCCUCUUGAUUGUCAUUGAUGGACAUCUUCACACACCCAUGUAUUUCUUCCUACUAAACCUAUCUUUACUGGAAUCCUGCUAUAGUUCUGUCAUUUUGCCUAAAACAUUAUUGUGUCUCUUGACCGGGAAAAAAAGUAUAUCCCUAAAUUCUUGCUUCAUGCAGUAUUAUUUAUUUGCUUGUCUGGGAGGGGCUGAAUGUUAUUUUCUAUCUGUCAUGUCUUAUGAUAGAUAUUUAGCUGUAUGCAAACCACUGCACUACUCUACACUCAUGAACAAUAGAUUGUGUCUGCAACUUACAAUUGUGUCCUGGGCAAGUGGAAUAUUAGUUAGUACAAGCACAACCUUCUCAAUAGCUUCCUUAACCUUCUGUGGACCCAAUGUAAUUGACCACUAUUUCUGUGAUUUAUCCCCAUUCAUAAAAGAAAUCUCUUGCACAGAUACAUAUAUUGUAGAACUAACUGCAUUUACAUUUGCUUGCACCUUUACCUUUCCUCCUUUACUUCUCACAUGGAUGUCCUACAUUUUUAUUAUUUACACAAUUAUUAGAAUUCCAUCUACUACUGGAAAGCAGAAAGCUUUCUCUACGUGUUCCUCUCAUCUCACUGUGGUUGCCCUUUUUUAUGGAACCCUCAUGCUUGUCUAUAUGCUUCCACACUCUAGGAAUUUCAAACAUCUAAAGAAAAUCUUCUCUCUCUUCUAUACAGCACUGACUCCUCUGAUCAACCCUCUUAUUUAUAGCCUCAGAAACAAGGAAGUAAAGGCAGCCAUGUGGAAAGGUCUCAGGAAAUUUGUCAUACACUUGAGAAAUUCAAGACUCAAUUUUUGUUCAAUAUCAAAAUGAAAGUGGCUGUGAUUCAGCAAUUAUUUUUCAGAUGUAAAUUAUACAGUACAUGUAUAUGUGCAUGCAGAGAGAUAGAUGACAGAAGAGAGAUAAAUAAAUAAACAGGCAGGCAAACAGACAGACAGCAGAGUGGUGUUUUGUGUGAAUGGAAAAUAAGGUAUUUUUCACACUGAAUUUGGGAAUCAGUUAAUAUAUUUUCAGAUGGGACAUAUUAAGUGAGAAUAACUCUUUAUUAAUUGUGUUCACUGUAAAUCCCUCCCCAACCUGAUCUUAAUUUUAAUUGCUUCUAUUAAUGGCUAAUAGGUAUUCAUCUGUAUGUAUUGUAUCUACUGACAAAUGAUAAUUUUCUCUCUCUUACACAAGAUAUAAAUAUUAUCUUUUAUGAUCUGUAUUGUCUAUAUUUUGUGUGUGAGCAUUGUUUAUGUAUGUGCCUGUUUAUCCAAUCAUCCAU